AUAUCCAUCGCCUUAUCCACAUUCUUCGCCCUCGAAGUCGAAACAAUGGCGACGCUCGAAUCUGCAAUUCCAAUUAUCUCUCAAUACAUUGCUUCUUCUUCUUCCUCUUCUUCUUCUUCUUCCUCGAAAUUGUCCUUCCAUAAACUUCCCUCCGCCAUUAAGCUUCGCAUUUCCUUCUCCUCUCCUCUCCUUUCCCUCAAUCCCACAACCGCCGUUUCCCCUCUCCCCCUCUUUCUCACAAACCCAUGGCGAAAUCGCGGCGGCGGCGAUCGUUUUUGCUCCGCAGUGCAAGAGGUUAGUUUGGAGGAAGCUUCGGAGGAAAAUCAGGAUGUGAAUCAGAAGAGAAAGCUAUACAUAUUCAAUUUGCCUUGGUCUUUCUCUGUCGUCGACAUUAAGGAGCAGUUUGGACAAUGCGGAACUGUCACUGAUGUUGAGAUUAUAAAGCAGAAAAAUGGAAGGAGCAGGGGAUUUGCCUUUGUGACUAUGGCUUCACCAGAUGAAGCUCAAGCUGCUAUUCAGAAAUUUGACUCUCAAGAAAUAUCAGGAAGAGUUAUAAAGGUAGAGUUUGCAAAGAGAUUGAAGAAGCCUCCUCCUCCAAAACCUCCAGGCCCACCUCCUGGAGAGACUGUGCAUAAGCUUUAUGUAUCCAAUCUUGCAUGGAAGGCGAGAUCCACCAAUCUCAGAGAAUUCUUUUCUGAAAACUUCAACCCAAUUGCAGCCAGGGUUGUCUUCGAUAGCCCCUCUGGAAAAUCUGCUGGCUAUGGCUUUGUUUCUUUUGCUACUCGAGAGGAAGCAGAAACUGCACUUUCUUCAUUGGAGGGGAAGGAGCUGAUGGGCAGGCCCCUUCGCCUAAAAUUCAGUGAAAGAAGUGUUGUUAAAUCAGAAACUCCAAAAGAAGACACUGUUGAAAGCCAACCUGAAGAAUCACAGAUCCCCUCGGAUUCAACAUCAGAUUGAUCGCUCGGUAUGCAACUUAGAAACACGAUUUUGUUUGAAAUUCCAACUACAUUUAUGAUAUCUGCUGGUGGAAUGAUCUGUACAUCUUUCUCCUGUUUUUGGUAGCAUAUUUGUAGUGUCAAAACAUUAUCUGUCUCCUGAAAUUUCUGAAUCGA